CUCCUAAAGAGUCCUAAAUGUACCCGUGCUUGAAAGCACUGCAACAAAAGCUCCCUACUACGAGAUUGCUGCCCUUGCUCUAAGCCCUAAAAAAGGCCGCCACCCGCCUCUCGCUCUCUCCUCCGUUCUCUCGUCGCCCCGAUUCCUCUCGAACUUUUUAUGAGCUCGAAGGAGAAGCCCACUCUCGGUGGCACGCGGAUCAAGACCCGCAAACGGAAUAUAGCAGCUCCUUUGGACCCUUCAGCUUUUGCAGAUGCAGUAGUUCAGAUAUAUCUGGAUAAUGCUGGUGAUUUGGAACUUGUAGCCAAAAGUCUUGAAUCUUCAGAUUUAAACUUCUCACGGUACGGCGACACCUUUUUUGAGGUUGUCUUCACUGGAGGUCGUACUCAACCAGGUACAACAAAGCCUGAUGAAGGGGAAAGGCAUUCUUAUUCUGUAAUAGACUGUGAAUCGAAGCGUGAAGCUAUUUUGCCAUCUGUUCUGUAUAUACAGAAAAUCCUUCGCAGAAGGCCCUUCUUGAUUAAGAACCUCGAAAAUGUUACGCGUAAAUUCUUGCAGUGCUUGGAGAUCUUUGAGGAGGAUGAGAGAAAGAAGCUUGCCAUUUUUACAGCGCUUUCAUUCUCCCAGAAACUAUCUGGGCUUCCACCAGAAACAGUCAUGCAGCCGUUGCUCAAGGAUAAUCUUGUUGCCAAGGGGCUAGUCCUUUCAUUCAUCACUGAUUUCUUCAGGGAAUAUUUGAUUGAUAACAGUGUGGAUGAUCUUAUAUCGCUUCUUAAGCGAGGGAAAAUGGAGGAUAAUCUCCUCGACUUCUUCCCAAGUGCAAAGCGCUCUGCUCAAGGUUUCUCUGAGCAUUUCACCAAAGAAGGAUUGGUAGCUCUUGUUGAGUACAAUGAGAAGAAAAUUUUUGAGGCCAAGCUGAAGGAGAUGACAUCAGCAUUGACAACCCAAAUUGCAGAAGGGACUGAUAUAGCUGAAGUCAUAGAGACUGUCAAGCAACGGGUGAAAGACACCAAAAUUCCUGAUAUUGAGGUAGUACGCAUUGUAUGGGAUGUGCUAAUGGAUGCAGUUCAGUGGUCUGGGAAGAAUCAACAGCAAAAUGCAAAUUCUGCGUUACGCCAGGUAAAAACAUGGGCCAAACUUUUGAAUGCAUUCUGUACAAGCGGAAAGCUCGAACUUGAACUCAUGUACAAAGUCCAGAUCCAGUGCUAUGAGGAUGCAAAACUAAUGAAGUUAUUCCCAGAGAUCAUCAGGUCUUUAUAUGAUCAAGAUGUGCUUGCUGAGGAUACCAUUCUUCUUUGGUUCCGGAAAGGUGCAAAUCCAAAGGGCAGGCAAACUUUUGUGAAAGCACUGGAGCCAUUUGUUAACUGGCUUGAGGAAGCCGAAGAAGAAGAAUGAAUGCAUAGGCUGUUGCAUCUAGUGUUGAUUUAAGGGGAUAUAUUUCUUUUAAAUUUGUAACACUAAUAAAUUUCAUGGCCAUUGUUUCUUUUGUAGCGUUAGCAUUAUGUAACGAAACACAUGGUGACACAUGGGUCUUACACUAAAGCAUCAUUUGCUUUAGAUCCCAGGUCGAUAUGCACUACCAAAACCAGUUUGGCUUACUGAAAGUGUUGAUUUGGGUUGGCCUAUGAAUUGUGUGUUGGGUGCUUUUAGUCGUAUGCUUACCGCAAACUGGCUUACUAUUCCGCAUCAAAUUCUGAGAUGGGAGAAUGUGUUUUAUGGUUA